GAGAUCGGAAAUCUGUCACUGUCAAGUCAAAUCAUAAAAAAAUCGAGAAAUUUCAUGUAUCUAUUUUAAAUUACCUACAAAACACUGGGUUUUCAAUCAAAACUCAUCGUAUUUAUUCAUAAUUAUAGGCAAAAUGAAGAAAGGCGUUCUAUAUGGAAUAGUGGCUAGCUCAAAGACACGAGUCCGCUGCGUAUUCUGCAGAGUUCACAUCCCUAAGGCGAACAAAUGUAUCGAGCAGCACACAAACGGAGCCAAGCACAAGGACAACAUAAUUCUUAUGACAGAGAACGGAAUGAUCUUUAGGGACGAUGAGCUGUAUUGUAAACCCUGUAAACGGGUAAUGGAUGAAGAAGAAUCCGUGUCUAAACACAUCGACAGCGAAAGUCACGCGAACUGGCAAGCAGCGAUUGAAGACCUCACGGAUGGUGAAUAUAUACAGCUGGAGCCCUACCUCACAUCAGAAAAAGAGGAAGCGUUCUGCGAAGUUUGUAAAAAAGACAUCAACUGUAGCUUGCAAGUAAUAGAAAGUCACGUAAACAGCAUUGUCCAUAGAGGAAAUAUUUUAGAAAAACUCAAACCACUCAAUGGCAUUUUCGCAGUAGACAAUGACGAGGAGGUGUAUUGCAAAGUGUGCGAUGCCUACGUAGACAACACAGUCCAGACUAUUCUAGAACAUAUUGAUGAUGACGAAGAGCAUAUAGAAUGGUUUGCAGAAAUGGAGGAUCUUAUAGAAGAACAGGAUGUGUCACUGGAGCGGUAUCUAGCUAACGAGAACGAAGUCAAUGUUUACUGCAAAAGAUGUGACCUAGAAAUAAUUUGCGAUAUUCAGAGUAUAGAGAACCAUGUUCAUAGUGAAUCUCAUCUCAACAACUUGGGUUAAAAUUGCUAUUUUACAUUUACUUUUUGUUGUGGUUAGGCCUGUCCACAUCAAUAUUGCAGUUCGAGAUUGUUCUAUAGGCCUUUGGUCUUCCCACUACCUUUGUGUUAUUUAAAUUAAUCACCUAUUCUGAUUGUUACAUUUCUUCUGGGUUUGUAUAUAUGCAUGAUAAACCCUGCAUUGUAUUUAGAGCUUCAAAAAAGAUGAAUGUUAUUAUAUUUGUGGCCAAUGUUUGAUAAACAUAAAAUUAAAAAAUAGUAGGAUACAUGACAGACAGUAUCAUAGUUUUAGUUGUGUUUGCUUGUCUUGAGUCUUAAUA